AACGCUUUUGAAAAUAAUUUUUAUCACAUUCUUUAUUCUUCUUUUACACGUCAUUUUUUCUUAAGCUCAUAAAAAAAUACUAUUAUUAUGAUCAAUUAACAAUAACAGUGUAAAAUUCGAACCCAAAAUCUUGAGUGAAGUUCAAUAAUGGAAGAAGAGAGAAGAGAGGUUCGUAUGAACGAUGAAGAAAAUGAAGCAGAGAUUGUUAAAGAUGAAGACAAACUCGCUUUGCACUUUCUGGAUUCACUUCAUAACUAUCUAUCCCUCGCUGAUUCUCUCUCUUCCACACUUCGACAGGGAUGGCUGGAGUUAGCAAGUGCUAGACAUUCUAUGGGUGCUUCACGCGUUAAUAGUUCUUUAUUGGACCUGAAAUUCCAUCCAGCUGCUACAACAUUGAAGAUAACCGGAAACGAUGGUGCACAACCACAAUUCACUUUGCAGAAAUGGGCAUCGUCUGAACCUGAAAGUACUCAAUUAGAAGACAAGAAUGAGCAGCCACGAGAUAGUGAUUUGAAAUCGUCUGGUACGGCGACCAUUAUAAAGAACUUUACGGGACUUGCAGAUAAUGAUGAAGUUCAAAAGGAGCGACACAAGUCCUUAUCAGUUUUCGGAGUUUUGAUUUCCCCAAAGCUUCGGGCCUCCCAGCUGUCAUUUGAGAAAGCACUAGAGACACUCGUUGAAAUAGCAAAUACGCGAUCAUCAUUAUUACACUCUUUUCACCAACUUCAUCAAGAGGUGGAAGGUACCAAAGAAUGAAAAAGUAGCAACUCUUCAGGCUGCAAGAGUGACAUCACAUGUGGAGAAUCUGAUUACAGUAUUGGGGACUGAGCAUUGCAAGAUUUUUGAUUCUCAAAUUAACCAAAUGAAAAGUUCCUCAUAACUCUUAUUUCAUCUUGCACCCGUUGGAGCUUUUGAUGAGAAUAUAUUGUAGGUUUGAACAAUUUUUUGUAGCACGCCAUAACGUCAAAAGGAAACAGUUUGAAAUAUAUUUUCUGUUAUCGUUUA